AUGACCCACCUACAAAUUGGACUAAGUCCGGAGACGGUAGAGAAAGCUCGCUUGGAACUGAAUGAAAAUCCAGACACUUUACAUCAGGAUAUCCAACAAGUUAGAGACAUGAUCAUCACUAGACCAGAUAUUGGCUUCCUAAGGACAGAUGAUGCCUUCAUAUUAAGGUUUCUAAGGGCAAGAAAGUUCAACCAGAUGGAAGCUUUCCGACUUCUCGCUCAGUAUUUCCAGUAUCGUCAGCUUAAUUUGGACAUGUUUAAAAAUCUUAAAGCAGAUGAUCCAGGGGUUAAGCGUGCCCUCAUGGAUGGUUUUCCUGGUGUGCUUGACAGCCGUGAUCACUAUGGGAGGAAGAUUCUUAUACUUUUUGCAGCCAACUGGGACCAGAGUAGGAACUCCUUUGUGGAUAUCUUACGGGCCAUUCUCCUUUCACUAGAAGUUCUAAUAGAAGACCAAGAGCUUCAAAUCAAUGGCUUUAUUUUAAUUAUAGAUUGGAGCAAUUUUUCCUUCAAGCAAGCCUCCAAGCUUACCCCUUCAAUCCUCAGGCUAGCCAUUGAAGGGUUGCAGGACAGUUUUCCAGCUCGCUUUGGAGGCAUCCACUUCGUGAAUCAACCUUGGUACAUCCAUGCUCUAUAUACUUUAAUUAAACCUUUCCUUAAAGACAAGACACGGAAACGGAUUUUCCUCCAUGGUAACAAUCUUAACAGUCUGCACCAGUUGAUCCACCCAGAAUGUUUACCAUCGGAAUUUGGGGGUACACUCCCUCCAUAUGAUAUGGGAACAUGGGCAAGGACUCUGCUUGGUCCUGAUUACAAUGAUGAGAAUGAGUAUACCCACACUUACAACGCUAUCCACGUGAAGUAUGUACCUACCAAUCUAGAUAGAGACUGCUCGCCGAAAUAUAUGAAAAGGUCUCAGUCAGUAGUAGAACCUGGCACGCUGAUGCAUGAGGACCACAGAGACAGUGAAAACACCCAGCCGCUGCUCGCCCUGGACUGA